AUGUCUUCCACCGAACACCACAAAACCCAGCAGCAGAAAGACCUCAACGCCCUCGCCGAAGAGGCCGAGCGCGACCUCAACUCGUGGUACGCCAAGACGGGCCACCGACCCGCCGGUGUCGAGGACGAAGCCCCGGGCAUCAACGACCUCGAGGCGACCAAGAAGUUUCCCGACACGGAGAUCCGGUACGGCGAGGACCUGUGCACCAACCGGUCAUGGGACAAGAAGAUUCCGGAGCCCGAGGGCGGCGAUCGGGAUGAUAAGGGGCAUCUCCUCCACGGCCACGUCUACGAAGGCGUCGGCGGUCCCGAAGACAAAACCGCGCACAUCUACCAACACUCGCCAGGCCGCAUCGACGAAGAGAUCGUCAAAGGCUGGGGUCUCGAUCCCAAGGAACUCAUCGACGAGACCUUUGACCACUCGCGGCCGGACCUGUUGCCGCCCGACCAGGUGCGGGCGCACGGCUACGAAAACACCGAGGGCAAGCCCCGUCAUCACGACCAGGACAUUUUGGAAUAUGGCAGAAAGGCAGCACAGAGAAACAUUUAUGGGGAUGAGGAUGAACUGGAGUUGAAUCGCAGAAAGCCACUGCCCAAGGGCCCGCGGGGCGGACAUCAUUGGAAGGCACAUGGACAUGGAGCAGAGGAGGAGGAGUGGGAGCCGGAUAUGGCGGCGGAUAUGGGCGAGAUUCCGCCCAAGAGCGUGGUGGAGACUAGUCACAAUUUGCGCUAG